GCAAGUUUCAUGUUUGAGGAAGUGAAACUUUCUCAGUCUCAGUGAUCGAGAGGAGAAAUGGCGCAGAAAGGAGAUCAGCUGGACCAGGAAACCUUUUCUUGUUCGAUCUGUUUGGAGGUUUUAAAGGAUCCGGUGGCUAUUCCCUGUGGACACAGUUACUGUAUGAACUGUAUUAAAUCCUACUGGGAUGAAGGAGAGAAGAAACUCCCCAGCUGUCCUCAGUGUAGACGGACUUUCACUCAGAAACCUGAGCUGGUGAAAAACACCAUGUUAGCAGCUUUAGUGGAGCAGCUGAAGAAGACGGGACUCCAAGCUGCUCCUGCUGAUCACUGCUAUGCUGGACCUGAAGAUGUGGCCUGUGAUUUCUGCUCUGGGAGAAAACUGAAAGCCGUCAAGUCCUGUUUAGUCUGUCUGGCCUCUUACUGCAAGAAUCACCUUCAACCUCAUCAUGAUGUGGCUGUAUUAAAGAAACACAAGCUGGUGGAUCCCUCCAAGAACCUGCAGGACAACAUCUGCCCCCGUCAUGACGAGGUGAUGAAGAUGUUCUGUCGUACUGAUCAGAAGUGUAUCUGUUAUCUCUGCCCUGUGGAUGAACAUAAAGGCCACGACACAGUCUCAGCUGCAGCAGAAAGGACUGAGAGGCAGAGAGAGAUGGAGGUGAGUCGACAACAAAUCCAGCAGGAGAUCCAGGACAGAGAGAAAGAUGUGAAGCUGCUUCAGCAGGAGGUGGAGGCCAUCAAUCAGUCUGCUGAUAAAACAGUGGAGGACAGUGAGGAGAUCUUCACUGAGCUGAUCUCUCUCCUCCAGAAAAGAAGCUCUGAUGUGAAGCAGCAGAUCAGAUCCCAGCAGGAAACUGAAGUGAGGAGAGUCAGAGAGCUGGAGGAGAAGCUGCAGCAGGAGAUCACUGACCUGAAGAGGAGAGACGCUGAGAUGAAGCAGCUCUCAGACACCGAGGACCACAACCAGUUUCUCCACAACUACCCCUCACUGUCACCACUCAGUGAGUCCACACACUCCUCCAGCAUCAGCAUCCGUCCUCUCACACACUCCUCCAGCAUCAGCAACCGUCCUCUCAGGUACUUUCAGGAUGUGACAGCAGCUGUGUCAGAGGUCAGAGGUCAACUACAGGACAUCCUGAGAGACACAUGGACAAACGUCUCACUGGCCAUCACUGAUGUGGAUGUUUUACUGUCACAACCAGAACCAGAACCAACGAGCAGAGCUGGAUUCUUGAAAUAUUCAUGUGAAAUCACUCUGGAUCCAAACACAGUACACACACGGCUGUUACUGUCAGAGGAGAACAGAAAGGUGACUUUAAUGAAGAAACAUCAGUCUUAUUCUAGUCAUCCAGACAGAUUCACUGAAUCUGGUCAGGUCCUGAGUAGAGAGAGUCUGACUGGACGUCAUUACUGGGAGGUGGAGAAGAAAGCAGAUGUAGUUGAGGUAGCAGUUUCAUACAAGAAUAUCAGCAGAUCAGGGGAUGAAAGUGGAUUUGGAUAUAAUGACAAAUCUUGGUCACUAUAUUGUACCUCAGACAGUUAUGCAUUUUGGUACAACGACAUCAGAACCUCCAUCUCAGGUCCUCAGAGCUCCAGAAUAGGAGUUUACCUGGAUCACAGAGCAGGUGUUCUGUCCUUCUACAGCGUCUCUGGAACCAUGACCCUCCUCCACAGAGUCCAGACCUCCUUCACUCAGCCGCUACACGCUGGAGUUUAUGUUGAUAACACUGUUGGAAACUCAGCUGAGUUGUGUAAACUCAAAUAGACUUGUUUCCUUUUCAUGUUUUCAUCUCAGUUUUUAUUGACUUUCUUUUCUUCUCAGAGAUGAACGUCUCAAACUCUGACUGAUGGACGGAAGUUUUUGUUCUAUAAGUUGAUGUUUUGUUGUUACUUCCUCUUUUGGAGGUGGAAGUUGUUCUUUUGUAGUUCCGCCUGGGAAAUAUUCAUAUUAUUACCAUCUUCUAUUUCAGUAUAAAAACAUAGAAAUAAACCUGUGUUGUAAUUGUUGUUAGCUGUUAGUUUGGAUGUGUUUCUAUGUUGUAUUUCUCUUUUCUUCCACUUCAUGGACUCCAACAAAAGGUUUUCUUCAGUUUUCAUUCCAGGAUUUGACUCAGAUCUGAGGGAGAAAACAUUAAUCUAAUAUUCGAGUAAAACUAAGGCAGUUUUCCUCCUGAAAUAUCCCAAAGUCCAGAGUUCAUGUUCACAACAGAUCAUAUUUCUGGAUUUAAAUGUGUCUUUACUGGUUUUACUGCUCUUUUUCUGGCCAGACCUCCACUCUCCAGCGGUGCAGUGUCAGGUUUUCCUUCAGCAUUCAUCCAGACAGACUUCUGUUCACAUUUAAUCAUCUACAAUAUUUAUGUUUUACUUCUUUUUUUAAGGUUUCGGCUCUUUCUGUAACUUUCCUUCCUGAACAUUGUAUCCUGGUUCACGUCUGCAACCUCAGGACCUGGAAACAGUGAAGAUCAGAAGUCUCGGGAGUGACGUCACACCGCCCCCUACAGGAACAUGAUUGCAUGACACGUAAAGAGGUUUUUAAAGAGGAAAGAAGUCACGUGUUUAAACACUUUUCCUCCAGUCUGGGUUUCAUGUUUUAUUUGUUUAAUCAAGAAAAUCCACCCAAUUGUUUUUUCAUCUACAAUUUAGGAAAAGGGUUUUGAGGUAAAGGAUGUUAUUAAAGACUUUUGUUGUUGCUGGAUAUGAAAGUUAAUAUUAUUAGGGAUGCAGAAUGUAAAAUCAUUGAAUGUUACUAUGUU